GGUAGGCAGCAAUUUUGAGAAACGAGGGAACAAGAAUCAAGAACCAAGCAAGCGAUGCUUUUUCGAAAAAUCAGUUGCCUUUGUGGUAUCUAGAAAGAAUUUUGGUCAUUUUGGUCUCAGCGCCACUUUCUCUUUUGAGUCAUCAUACGUUAGUCGAUUACUAUUUUCUGUCUCUUCAUCGUUUUGCAACUCAGGCUACAUCAUGUCAUUUGAUAACAGCUUAAGUCGAUUAAGCUCAAGCGAAAAUGUAGCAUCCCCUCUUCGUAAGAAAUCUAUACUUGCUCUCGCAAAUACAAAGGAAACUGUCGAGACAGUUAUUAACGAUGAUGAUGCAGAAAGAAGAGAGCUCAGAAGGAAGUCCUUCGUGCCUGAUCCAGCAGGCACUCCGGCAGCACCUGAAUCGGCUAACCGAAGGAAGUCCCUUGGUCUUGGUGCUUGCAGUGGGCUUUCAAGUGCACAGCUGGCAGAACAUUAUGCAAGCUGCAUCAAGCUUUCCACAGAAAAUAAAAUUACUGUGAAAAAUGCUUUUAGUCUACAGCUUAUUGACUAUAUGUCAAUGAUGUUAAAACGUCAUGAUAACAAAAUGGAAGAUUUCCAGGUGGCUAGCUGCACUCUCGAUGCUAGCACAAAGAUCUACAGCUUCAGAGUAGAUGCUGUGCAUUCUGAUGUAGUCCAAAUGGCUAGCAACAUCGGGCGUGUGGACGCUAAUAAGAAGAAGAGGGCCUCAGAGGAAGAUGGCAAUGUAGGAGAUGGUGGGGAAAUGGACCAUGAUGAUGGUGAUGGACCUCAAUCCCAAGCAUUAAAGAAAUUGAAAAAGAAAUCUCGGAAGCACAAGAGUGCUCUUGCUGACAAGCCAGAUUCUCUCAAACGGAAGCAGCUGAUUUACCAGACUAUGGACCCUUUUCUUGUCCGUCUUUCUGCGAAUCUUGCUGUAUCUCAGAGUGGGGAGUGUCCUUUUCACCAUUCAUUAAAGUAUCGGGAAACUGCAGCUGUCAAAGAUGAUGGGAAAUCGGCUCAGGAGAAACUGGUGGAACUUCCCCCCUUGCCAGAUCUAAAAAACCUGGAGAUAUGCCCAUCAUUUCGAGACUUUAAAUUCUCUGGAUGGGUACCAGAGAAUGACCCAAGACCUGCAUUGGACCUACCACCACCACCGCCACCCCAACAGCCGCUAGCAGACUUAAAUGAUGAUCAUGUAUUUGAUAUGAACCAAACUCCCGAACCAAUACCUGAUGUGGACUUUGGAGGUGGAGGCGGAUUGGAUAAUAAUGGAUUGGAAUCAGAUGAUGAAGAAUUCUAUGCAGCUCCUGAUGCCCUUAACAGAGCAGCAGCUAAGCUUGCAAGGCAACCAGCCAACGUUGUAGAUUUAAAGCAGCAUCUUUCUGCUGUUCCUCUUGAAUAUUCUUACUUCCAACAGAGCAUGAUGUCUCUUUGGGCCGGUCCUGCGCACUGGAAAGUCAAACCAUUACGGAAAGAUAAAGAAAAGGAUGUUGCUGUUACCAAGCAGACCAAAAAGCGUACCAGAAAAGAAUUAGAACUCAAUUUCCAAGAUGAAAGCGAUGAGAUUCAAAAACAUUUUGGGAGCACUGCUAAUAAACUUAACAAGAAGACUAUUCAGGGUUGGGCUUCUGAUCGUAUUACAAACCCCCAUGAUAUUCAUUAUGAUGCUAAUAGAAUAACUUGUUUAUUUAUCCGUGAGAGUAUUUCAGUUAAAGCUUGUGAUGACUCAGCGGCCCCUGAAGUAGAUGAGGGGGUUGGGGAUUACCAAUAUGACAACCCCACUGAUCAAGCUAGCUUUUGUCCCAAUGUGCCUGCUGCUCAAGAUGAUGAUGAUGACCAUGACAAUGGAGCGGAUCUUGGUGAUGGCAUGGCUCAUGAGGAUGAGGAUAUGUUCCAAUCACAAGAUGGGCAUGUUGACAUUGAGGCCCAAGAGCAUGAAAUUGGUGCUUUUACUGGUGAUAACCUCAUUGCUGCUCCAAACAAGGUGGCUAAAAUUUAUAUUCCUUACCAAAUGAGAGCAAAGAAAAUGGACAUGAAAAAAUUGAAAGGAGCCAUGUGGGGAGUUUUAACCCAUUCAUCUGAGUUUGAUCUUGAAGACAGCCAGAAGGCUGAAAAAUCAAGAAUGGAAGACACAGUGACUUUCAGAACUUUAUAUGACACAUUGCCUGUCAGUCUCCCUCAGAAGAUGACCGAAAAUCUCAGCUGCCCACUAGCAUUUGUCGGCCUGCUUCAUUUGGCUAAUGAAAAAUGCUUAGAUAUUAGAGGAGUUCCUGAUCUGUCCGAUUUAACCAUUUCCCAAGGAUAAUAUUUAAGUUUUGUACCUGUCUUUAAGAAUAACCAUUCUUGAAGAGCUGCAAUUUUAUAAAGGAAAGAUCUGUAUUUUUCUCUCAGGUCUGUAAUCAAGUCAAUGUCUUAUUCUCUUAAUGGAUAAAAAUUUCUCUCUUGUGAUUACAUUUGGCUUUUUUAAGAUUUAGCCUUUGCAAAACAGUGUAAUGGUUUCGCUGGAGGGCCAGCAAUAAAUUAAAUGAUUCCUGUUAAGUUCAAAUGUCAAAAGUUUAAAGGAAAAAAGGGAAAGCAAAUAUAUACGUGUACAUAACUAUUUUUAAAAAAAUUAUGUGUUUUACAGUUUGUAUAAUUGAUAUAUUGGAGCAAAUGUCUGAAAGCAGUGCCUCUGUUCCUUAUUUAUUAUUUUAAAAAUUAAAUUAAUCCUGAAUGGUCUUUCUAAAGUUUUAUUGUCACAAUAAAGGUUUUCAUUAUUUUAUAAAGAA